AAUUUGAGCUCCUAGUUGAGCUCGGAUUUGCCAACUGCAGUCUACAUCUGCCCACCACUCACUUCAGUGUCUGAGCUAGUAAUGGAUAAGAGGUUACCUCCAGCUCUCAUACUUGAUCCUUCAGAAGAGAUAACCUUUGAAGGUCCUUUUGUUACCACAAUCAAGUCGACUCUGAAAAUUAUUAAUGAGAAUGAGCAUAGUGUUGGUUUUGUGAUUAAAACUACAGCUCCAAGGAUAUUCGUGGUCAACCCCAAUUCUUCAGUGAUUCAGCCACAUCAAGCCAUAACAGUAGAAAUUUCAGUUGUACCAAUGGAUAAAUCUACAUUAGCCAUUAGCCAUGGUUUCAAGCUAAUGGUGUCAUCAGCGUUUGUUGAUGAUACUUUGAAUAAAGAGAUCAUAUCAGAAACAAUACGUCGUAUGCCAAAGGAUCAAGUAAAAUCAUUUAAACUGAGAACGACUUUUAUCGAGGGUGAGAAGCGUGUAGCUCUUCAGCAACCAGCAACAGAGAAAAUAAAGCCAUCAUUGCAAGAUGCAGCUUCAUUGAAACUCUCUGAUUAUGAGAAAAAAGAAGUUGAGCAUUUACAGCAAAUACGUACAUUAGAAGAAGAGAAUAUAUCGCUAAAGAUAGAUAUGAAAUCAAAGCUAGUAGAGCAUGAGGAAAAAUAUAAGAAACACCAACUACACAUUGAUAAAUUAGAGGAGGACAAUAGCUUUCUAAAGGGAGAGAUUGAAAGGAAAGAGAACGAGAAGGAAGAACUGAAACGAAACUUUGAAGCAGAGAAACAACAAUGGGAGGUAAAAUUGAGUGACAUGAUAGAAACUGGAAACUCUAAUCCUAUCCAACUCCAACUGCAGAGUCAAGUAGCUCACCUCUCAGUAGAAAAUAUGAAACUUAAGGGACAAGUCAGACAGCUUCAAGAUCAGGUCAGAGCAAUAGAAAACAGCUGGAAGAUCAGUCAUUCUGAAAUAUUGCUGUCAAACAGUGAGCUAGGUAGAGGAGGAUGGGGAGUGAUUUGGAUUGGAGAGUUCAGAGGACAAAGAGUAGCUGUGAAGCAAAUGCAUGAGUUGCUUAAAAGUAAAGAAUACAUGGAGUUGCUUCAUCGUGAGAUAAAUACAAUGUCUCAAUUGCGACACCCUAAUCUCCUUCAGUUUAUAGGUGCUGUAUUAGACCAUCCAUCAGGUAAUCCUAUGAUUAUUACUGAAGUUAUGGAUACCUCAUUGCGUAAAGCUUAUGAGAAUAAUGAGCUGACUCCUGACCCAUCCUGUAGACCAGUGAUUCUCUCUAUAAUGCAUGAUGUAGCUGUGGGUUUAAACUACCUACACUGUCUACCUGAUCCCAUAAUCCAUCGUGAUGUCAGCAGUGCCAAUGUGCUACUAGAAUCAAAGGGAGAUAUGAAAUGGAAGACAAAGAUAUCUGAUUUUGGAUCAGCUAAACUUGCCUGUGCAGCUGUCACUGAAUUACCAGGCACAAUAGUAUACAGUGCUCCAGAGUCCCUACAGAGUGUCUUAGAUUCAGAAGAAGCUGUACAGUCACCUUUAAUGGACUCGUUUAGUUUUGGUAUUUUGCUUUGUGAAGUUCUCACUUGUCGCUAUCCUGACCGUCGGAUUUUUCGUGAUAUGUUACAGAGCAUUCAAAAUCUUGAUGAGGGUGUUUAUGAUCUUGUCGUAUGUUGCACGGAAAGAGAACCUAGGAAAAGACCAGUCAUGAAAGAAAUUAUUUUAGUGAUGGAGAACAUGAUUAAUAAACAAUAAAUAAUUGUAGUAAUUUUUUAUUUGAUAUUCAGUCUGUUUUUUGCAACUGGAGCCAAUUUUUUGGCAAAUAACUAAAGUAAACUGAUGUAAAAUUAA